CACCGGAGUUUUAGCAAAACGUCCCUUUAAAAUUUAAAUACCUAAUUGAACAUAAGUGAAACUAUAAAAUUAUGGAAAGUUUAUUGCAACCAGUGCUUGAGAGUUAUUCCAAGUUAAGUAUUGAAAAACAGACAAAACCUAGUUACGUUGAAAUAUAUCAGAAAAGUGGAAGUGAUGUUGUGCUGGUUUACUCUAAACUAAAGCAAGCUUUUGCGAGGCAAAGUGUUGAUAAAAGCAGACAAAAGCCUGUCGAAGAUGAGCUGGAGCUUACAGGUUCACCCUUGAAACUAGAUCUAAGUCUCCACACAGUACUAGAUGAGACCUACAUCUCAGAGGAACCUCAAAUGUGGAAGAGAGAAGAAGCGACACAUGCACCAGUUGAGAGUGACACGGCAAGAGAUAUAUUGAACUUGUACAGUCAAAGCUUGUGGAAAGCAGCAAAGGACGAGUCCUUUCCAAUGUGGGUUUUAUGUAAGCCAUGUGGAGAUAGCACACUUCUCAUCCACACAGAGUCAAACACAGAACAGUUUGCUCGAGGCAUCGUUGUGUACGAAGGAACCACUGUGUUAGACGAAUUUGAUGUUGAAAAUGCUAUCAGACAGUUUGCAAAUGAAGGGGAAACUAAGGAAGAUAUGGUAACUGCAACAGUGGAUUGUCGACUGCCAAUAUCAGGUGUGUCCUAUGAAGGUUGUUCAGUGGAUGAGCAGCUAAAUGCACCAUUUGGAGGCCUAACUGAGCUAUACUGUGAAUGGACGUCCAAGUCCCUGCUAAUGCCAUAUAUAAGCUGCAAAGUUCAUUUUGUACAAGAAGUGAUAGUUGGGCACUUGGCCAGUCCCUGUAACGCGAUAUGGAAGUCUGUCUCAUCUCUGUACACCAUUAACCAAUUGUUGGUUGACAUGACUGCUGCUGGUUUUAACUCCGUCAAUCUGGAAACAAGUAUCAUAAGAAAUAUUACACCAGGAACCAAACGUGUAGACACAGCAAAGAGAUUAGAGAGGUUACUGAACGAAGCUGAGACAUACACAUACACAGCAGAAUGUCCAUCUGGUGGCUGUCUGUGCGUCACGGAAGAUACCAGUAGCUUGAAACACUGCUUGUCCGCUAUGCAAGCUGAUGGCUCCAGUAAUGAUUUCACUUACAAACUGUGGGAUAUUUUAAGAGAAUGUGAAACAGCGGAGGAGUUGAUGACAUUAUUCAUACAGGCGCUAAAAUUUGUUUCUUCUGGCAAAAUUAGACCAUUUAUCGACGUCAACAACAAAACCUACCUAUCGAAGCUCAUCCUCAAACUCUCCCGCGGCCACUCCCAAACGGCGAAAGUCCUGAAAAACCUGCGCGCGAGCCCGCCGCAAGCGUUGUCGCUGGUCGCACAGGUUGGCGUUGAGAAGACCAUGUGGGAAUAUACACGGGUUAUGUCGCUAUUAGAACACUCAUACUUCAUAGCUGGGAUUUGGAACGCUGAUAUCAGGUCACACGAAUCCAUAGACCAAAUAAACCAGACGAUACAGGACAUGACGAUGGGCGGGGACUUUAGUCUCAACCCGUUUGAGAGUCUCACAUCAGCGGAACACUCCAUACGUCUGGACUCGGAGUCCUUCUGUGUUGAGGACACUAACGAACUCACUGUUGAUGACUUCGCUUCACUGAAGAAGCAUGGCUUGGUCAGCGACAAGAAAGAUUCUAAUGAGGUGCCACUGAUAGCGGACGAGAUAGACAUCAGCCAGUGGAAGCAUUUGUUGUCGAAAUUUGCUCAGAUCCACGUCUGUGUCGAGCAUUUGUACCGCGCCGAGGCAUGCAUACGAGCUGAUUUUGCUCAACUAAAGCCGAUAGCUACUCGCCUGCUGGAGUACUACGUGUCAGACAAGUCGCCGGUCAAGACGGUGGGGCAGCUCGUUAGUGACCCCGUGCAGAAGAUCAACAUACCGAUAGCUAACAACAUCGUCCAGGACCAACUCAAAAAGCCAGCGCUCUGGUACCGUAUGGAGCUAACCAAUAAGAAAAGCAAUGAGGACUCAUCUAGAGAGUGUAAAAGAGUGUAUGUGUUUUCGCAACAACCUGUGUUCCCGCCGCCAGUGUGGCAGAAUAUUGAACCAACAACGGAUGACGUAGCCGAGGUGACCACGGUAGAAGAACUAAAAUACCACUGCACAAAAUACACAUACCUAUGUAAUAAAGUCAAGAGAAGUAUUGAACUGAGCUAAUAUUCUGUGAUAAUUAUUUUUAAAUUCGAAUACUCAUUAAAUUUCAAUUCUAGAAUUAUAAUAAAGAUUAAGAAUAAUUUUCUAUGA